AUGAUCCACGGUGAAUAUGGGGGGCCCCCCUUUUUGAAUGUUUCCAGUUUUUCCCGUCUCGCCAAACACCCAACACUCGAAGAGUUCUCGUCCGAGACGAUUGAGGUAUCCAUGGAAUGGCCCGAGUUCAAUGUCCAUGGCAGCAUUUGGAAGGUUCUCAGGGCGUUCAAAGUGGGAUGCGGGACCCCCGGGCCAGGGCACCUUGCGGCAACGGGCCAAUCCGCGGGCGUCAUUUGCAAAUCAGGGCGCUGUACCCCGCGUUCACAGGUCUUCCGUCGCCGGGACCCACUGCUGGCUGGAGCUGGCGCCUCCGAUCAUCGGACACUUGGAACUUUUUCGUCCCAAAGCCUCACCCACGUAGUAGUCACAUGGGAAAAAAAGGGUUCGAGGUACCUGCGGUUUGCGGGCACUUUUGCAAGAGGGGCGGGCGGGCGUCUCUUAUUACGGAGCAAUUUGAUUCAGGUGUUCCCAACUCUAAGCAGAGGCAAGCACCGACCUCAGACACAACAGAGGGACGAAGGCCUCCUGGUCCGGCAGAUACAUAUUGAGCUGCUCUUCCCCCACACCCCUGACCACACCUCUCCUCCGACUCAGGAUUUUUCUACGUUUUCUACUUUUUUUUCCCUCUCUUCCCUUUCCAAACGCUUCUCCUCCCAACGAACCAUCUUCUCAUCUCUCUCUCACCAAACCCUCUCCCUCUCCGUCAUCCACUACCUAGACUCCCAAUCACCAUACAAACAGAGAAGCUUGGGAACCACCACCCUCGCAACACCCAACCAGGUCCCUUCAAUUGAGGCCGACCUGACCUGCUUUUGA